UGAUUCAAAGUCGGGGGGAGGCCCAAAGCACGCAGUAGGUUGAUAUAAAUCAUAUUAUGCACAUUAAAAUCGGCAUAUCUCAUAAACUACCUAUUUGACCUAGAAGAAAAUGAUUCAGAUUGACGACCACAAUCUGAAGGUGUAAUAUGAAUUUUCUGAAGAAUAUCGAAAUUACAGAUAUUUAUCACAGAGGAAAAAUCACUACCACAGAGUACAUUAUUAUUAAUCACUAUCAGUCAAAGACUUGUUUAUAUUUAUUCUCUAUUUAUUGCUUGUUUAUUGUCAUCGGUUGGUUUACGUUUAUUUCAAUGUAAAUAAAUCAGCAACAUGCUGAAAUCGAUACGCCUACUGAAACCAUGUACUCCCACUCGAGUAUCAAAUAGCAUACGGAGCUACUACUCGCCCGGUUACCUGCAGUACCUGCGCAGCCUGCCCGAGGCCGAGGUGACGUGCGUGGAGGGGCUGGCGGUGGCGAGCGAGGCGAGCGAGGCGGCGCAUGUGACCGUGACCCUGACAGUGGACCACGGCGCCCGCCACGACGCGCCGCACGAGGCCGGCGCCGCGCACCUGCUGACGCGCCUCGCGCUGGCCGCCCUGCGCCGGGCCCUGGCCGGGACCGGCGCCGCCCUGCGCGCCCGCACAUCCCGCCAGGCCGCCGCGCUCUCCGCCGCCUGCCCGCCUGCCCUGCUGCCCGCCGUCGUGCCCGCGCUGCUCGCCUGCGCGCUCAGCCCCCCCUGCGACCCCGCCGAGCUCGAGCGGCACAAGCAGCUCGUGUACCAGGAGAUGCUGCAGCUGGAGCGCGAGCCCGACGCGCUGCUCAUGGACUACCUGCACCAGGCGGCCUACCAGGACACGGCGCUGGCGCAGCCGGUGCGCGGCCGCAGCGACACCGUGCGGGCGCUGGACGCGGCGGCAGCGGCGCGCGCGGCGGCGCGGCGGGGCGCGGGCUGCGCGCUGCUGGCGGCCGCCGGGCCCGUGGAGCACGCCGAGCUGCUGGCGCUGGCGGCCGCCUGCCCCCGCCCCGCCGCCGCCCCCUGCCCCGCCGCCGCGCGCGCGCGCUACACCGGCUCCGAGAUACGCUACAGGAACGACGACUGGCCCGCGGCGCACGUGGCCGUGGCCUUCGAGGCGCCCGGCGCCGGCCACGAGGACCUGGUGGCGCUGGAGGUGGCGCGCCAGCACCUGGGCGCGUGGGCGGCGGGCGCGGGCGGGGGCGGGGGCGGGGGCGAGCACCCCGCGCGCCUGGCCCGCGCCGCCGCCGCCGGCCUGUGCCACUCGUACCGCGCCUUCAGCCUGGCCUACAGCGACACGGGGCUGUGGGGCGUGCGCUGGGCGGGGGCCUCGCGCGACCUCGAGGACUUCCUGUACAACGUGCAGGACGAGGUGAUGCACCUGUGCUGCAGCGUGACGGACGCGGAGCUGGGGCGCGCGCGCGCGGCGGCGGCGGCGGCGGCGCUGCGGGGCGCGGGGGGCGCGGGGGCGGGCCCGCUGCACGCGCGCGUGUGUGCAGCUGCCAGCGUGUCGGCCGCGGACGUGCGUGCUGCGUGCAGCAGGUACCUGUACGACGCGUGCCCCGCCGUGGCCGCCGUGGGCGCCACCGAGGGCCUGCCCGAGUACAACCGCAUUCGCAGCGGAACCUACUGGCUUAGGCUGUAAUUUAUAAAUUAUACAUAUUUUAUGUGUACUCACGGACAGUGAAAAGGUGCCAGGUUUUACAUUGCUAGCGUGUAUAUCUUAAUUAUUAUUGCAUCUAAAAUAAAACAAUUCAGGUCACAGUUGAAA